AUGCGCCAAGUGGAUUGGGUCCCAUUCGUUACACGCCACGUCGUCGACGAUUUCGCCUCCCAUUUGAGGUUAUAUCGAAUGGCAAGCGACAAAUUUAAGUUCAUAGGAAAGAAAGAUGGACUACCAUCUGCAGAGAAUGAUUUACUGAGCCAUUUUUUCGAUUUCGAGUUGGAGAUGGAGAAAACGAUCUGUAGGGAUCUUCUGUGUACAACACCGCAUUAUGAGAACGGUGGGUAA